GCUAUUACUGCAUCAGGAACAAGGAAAGGUGAGUUAUUUCUGGCUGAUAUCAAUACCCAGUUGAAGAACAAGAACAUCACUACCGAUAUCAAAGUGGACUCGUUCUCUAAUCUUUAUACAACUAUCACGGUCGAUGAACCUACUCCGGGGCUGAAAACUAUCUUUAGCAUCAGAGUUCCUGAGCAAAGGUCUGGCAAGCUGGAACUUCAGUCUCUGCAUGACUAUGCGGGGGUAAGCACAAGCAUUGGGUUGACAGCAAACCCGAUUGUCAACUUCUCAGGUGUGGUGGGUACAAGUCUCCUCGCACUUGGGACUGAUCUCUCCUUUGACACCAAGACAGGAGGUUUCACCAAGUGCAAUGUUGGAUUGAGCUUCACGAAUGACGACCUUAUUGCUUCUCUGACUAUGAAUGAAAAGGGUGAAACACUGAAUGCAUCCUACUACCAUUCAGUGAACCCCGCGACCUGUACUGCUGUUGGAGCAGAGGUGACCCAUAACUUUGUAACCAGCGAGAACACCAUCACAAUUGGCACUCAGCAUUCAUUGGAUCCUUUGACAACUGUGAAGGCACGGGUAAACAAUUUUGGCAAGGCAAAUGCUCUGAUCCAGCAUGAGUGGCGGCCAAAGUCCCUUUCACCAUUUCAGGAGAGAUAG